ACUUACAAAAAAGCGACGCCAACGGCUGGAAUCCUCUGCUAAUCCGGAGCCAGUUGACCGCCACUUCCACACAGGCAGACCAGGGAGCAAGCCGCGAUGAUCAAGGUGCAGCCACCGCCGGAUGUGGCCGGUGGCUACCACAAUCUGCGUUGCGGCGAGGUCUUAUUCAGUGCACCCGCCUCCUACGAAGUGAGCUGCUUGCUGUGCGACCAGCGUUUGCCGUUGGACGGCUACCCGGAACACUUCCGGCUGAAACACUUCACGAACAGCUCCAGCUCGCUGUGUUCCAACGAACUGGAAAGCGAUCCCAUUGCCCAGGACGUCGUCGAAGUACAGGGAAAUGAGGAGCUACAUGAGGAACUGGCAAAGGAAGCUAGCCCGGACUUAGAGGAGGAGGAGGAGGAGAAGGAGGAAGGUUCCAAACGCCAGCAUUACCAGCGUGCAGCGGCCAUGAAGAACACCCUGGUGGAGACUCGCGAGGAUUUGCUGGACAUCGAACUCGACUGGACGGGCGGCGAGCAGUCGGAGCAUAAUGAAACUCACGAGGAGGAGGAGGGGGAAUCGGAUGAUGAUGACACGAAGGACAGCAACGACACGAAGGACAUGCUCUUCCAAUGCGAUCAGUGCGACCGGGCGUACAACACCAAACGCAGCCUGCAGAGCCAUCGCCGCCUAAAGCACAGCGAAGCCAACGGCGGAAGUCUGGACAAAUCCGCCAGUGAACGCAAUAGCAAGAAGCGGAAAGGUCCGCCGAAGGUGUACAAAUGCAACGAGGAAGCCUGCAACCAGACAUUUCGCACCGAACGCGAUCUGCGCGGCCAUCGCUGGAAGCACACGGGAAUCUUCUGCGACAUUUGCGGCAAACCCUUCACCCAGUCGGGCAACAUGAUGCGCCACCGCCAGCGACACAGUGGCAUCAAGCCGCACAAGUGUCCGGAAUGCGACGCGACCUUUUACACGCAAAAGGAGCUCUCCUCGCACAGUAUCUGCCAUACUGGUCGCAUGCCCUGCAUCUGCGAGGUGUGCGGACGACCUUGCCGAGAUCGAGGCGUUCUCACGGCGCAUAUGCGUCGCCAUACGGGCGAAAGGCCGGCCAAAUGCGAGGUGUGCGGCAAGGCAUUCUAUAGCUUUCAUGACCUCAAUGUCCAUGCUGUAUCGCAUACCAAUUUGCGGCCCUUCGUCUGCGACGUUUGCGGCUCCACGUUUCAACGGAAGAAGGCGCUGCGGGUGCACAAGCUGCUCCACUCUGAGCAGCGCAAGUACGCGUGCAAAUUGUGCGGCAAGACGUUCGCCCAGUCCGGCGGUCUAAAUGCCCACAUGCGCAGCCAUGAUCCGGCGAGAGUUAAGGGAGCUGUGAAGCCGCUGCCGCAAUCGGUCACCAUCGAGGUGAUCGAGGGCAAGAGUCCGCCCACCACCACCAUCACCAUGGCCAUCGACCUCAAUGUGGAGGAGCAGCUGGUAAAGCAAACCGAGACUGCACCCACCACUUGGCGCCUGGCCAACUGAGUAGCUAGCUAGGAUUAAUAUAAGGUUAGAUGUAGUUCAUCUAUAAGUUCCAAAUUGCGCCAUAAUAAAUGAGAGAAAUC